CAGUACUCACUGCGUUAAUCGCAGUUGAUUUAUUUUCGAUGACAUAUUUUUAUUAUUUCGUACAUAAAAUAUUUAUUAACAGUUAAACUAUAGUUAAUUAAUAAUUAGUUCAUAAUAUGAUUUACAUUAUUACAUUCAGUGGUAUUUUAGUAGUUACACGAGACGACAAAUCGUAAACAGCCAGUAGCCACUGUUUCCGUAAUGACAUCAACAUUCAACAUUAAACAUGAACAUAUUUAACAAUUUUUUUAUAACGCUAUUAAUGCUGUUAAUAGUUUAUGUGACUGUAAUCUCUACACUGCGCCAACCAGAAUUUGAAGAUCCCCAAAGACGUAUCAUUAAAUUGACUAUAGAGCCUAUUAGCCCAACCGCAUUUUAUGCCGAAUGGAGACUUUUGCCAGAUAUAGACAGAAGUGUAAAUUAUUCACUGACAUAUUCCACUCAACUGAAUAAUGAUAUUAAGUUAACUAGUAGCAACAAUUUCACGUUGACCGGAUUGAUAGAGUGCGCAGCCUAUAUAAUCACGGUGAGAUGUUUAUAUUAUGGAGCAGGUGAAAAUGUGUUUGGUGGCCCCUUUGCUUCUACAGUUGCAUUGACUUCACAUACCUCCCAACUGAAAGUGGUGAGAAACUUAACUGUAGUAACUUCAAGUCGUUCAAUUUUGAUUUCAUGGGAAAACCCGAUGGAGCAGAAAUUGUGUACGUUAAAUUUUUACUUGUCGUUGACUUCAUUGCGGGGCACUGGCCAAGAAAUACAAACCGAUUUUGACCAUCACAUGAUAAAUGCGUUAGAACCAUGUGUCACAUAUUUCGGCUACGUUUCUGCGGUCGAUUUCGCUGGUGUUAAAGGAAAUCCUACAGCAUUCAAUGUAACUACGGACCCUGGAAUACCUGGACCUGUAGUAAAAUUAACAGCUUCGUCUAAUGGCUCGAGAACUAUAUUCGUUAGAUGGGAUAAACCGAUUAAUUCAUCUUUCUGUAUUCGUCAAUACGAAGUCGUUUAUUGCAACGAUAUAUUCGUUUGCUCUACAAUUAUAACUAAAACAAAUUCUUUGACUAUUUCACAUCUAAUGCAUUGUGUAACGUAUCAAAUAAUGGUCACGCCGAAAAUAUCAGACACCGAAAAUGGUUUGUCAGCUAAAACUGAAGCCACUGUAAUUGCCGAAGUUUUAGAAAAGCCCAAGAAUGGACGAAUAUUGUUUUUAACCAGUUAUAACGUCACUUUGCAAUGGGAUCAUCCUAUCGAAUCCGUCUGCACUUUAAUAAAUCAAAUCGUAAACUGUUCGUAUUUGAAUUCUUCAUUCGAGGUAACGACAUAUUCACCUACUCAAGCAGUGACCAUAGAUAACUUGAAACCUUUCACGAAAUACAUUUGUUACUCGGCGUUUUAUAAUAAGCAAGGUUAUUCAGAAAAAAGUGAUGAAAUCAUAUUUUGGUCAAAAUUACAGGUGCCAGAUCCACCUACGAAUUUAUCAAUCAUUAAGUUGUCUGCCAAUAGCGUGGUCUUUGCAUGGGCAGCACCUACUACGAUAUCUCCUGCUGCGAUAGAUAAUUACCGUUGGACGGUUACGUUCAAGAAUUUUCUAUACGAACUACCGAAACACUGCACGCCACGAACCGCGGAACCUGUGGUCACACAUUUCAUUAAAAAUGAUCAGACAUACCAGAAUCAAAUUGGGAAUCUAAUGCCCGCUAGCUGCUACUUUAUAGAAUUGAGCGCUGCAACAGAGUCUGGUUUUGGAAAUUCAACAAAUAUUACGAUACACACGUUAUCAUCGACUAGUUCACCGGUCAAAAAUCUACAAGUUAAAUCGAUAGAAUCCAAUUUGGUCGUACUGAGUUGGAAGUACCCGUGCAUGCCAAACGGGAAAAUCGCAUUUUUUCACAGUACGUUGGUGGGGGAAAGACUAGGAUUUCAUAAUCACAUUUUCAGUAUUAAAUGCGAUAUUUCAGACAACGAAACGGAAUUUGAAUAUAGUUUAACCCAAUUAUUACCUGAAUAUACGUACGUAUGUACGGUAGCAGCGAUAACUGAUACCGUGGAGAAUCCUGGUCAAGACAAACGAAUUAGAUUUAUCACACCAUCAACAAACCCUGAUUUACCUAGCAAAUACGAUACAUACCGUCAUUUACGAGUGACGGUGUCCGAAAACCAUCUUACACAGGUCCGUUUGUCCAUACCCAGCGACUUGUUCUCGAGCGCUUCUGGAAACAUCCAAUACUAUUCGAUAAUCGUUUACCAGGACGGUGGAUUUCCGGACAAGCCAGAACACGGCACUAGGAUGAAUAAUCCUCGGCAGCAGAUGGACGACGAUGUUUGGCCGCCUCCCAUGCGGACGUGGGCCGAAGCUGCACCGUACCCUUUCAUACUGGCGUACCAGACGACGCCCGACAGAUGGAUGCCUUUCAAAGACCAAAACGAUGGGGUUUUUGAUAUUGGUGCGGACAACAGUUGUUCCAUUAACGACAAGAAAAGUUAUUGUAACGGACCGCUAAGACCUGUUACUAACUACAGACUGAAACUAAGGGCAUUUACAGCAGACGGGUUUCAAGAUUCGUGGACUGUACCUUUUAUUACACGCGGCAAACCCACAGCAGUCUACUACUUGGUGUUGUACAGUGUACUGUUUGCGGUACUCAUCACUGCGACUGGAAUGUAUUGUGUACUCAACGAAAAAGUUCCGUGGGCCGUACAGUAUAGAGUAAUACACACGACUCCAACACGCCAAGAGUCUGGUGUGCCGAAUGACAUGAAUUUCAAACACUUGUCAGCCAAAACUCCUCAAGAAAUCGAGGCCGAAUAUGACCUAUUGAACGCGUACUCGAAAUCAAAUUUCACAACGGACGUGGCUAUGAUGCCACAGAACAAGUUCAAAAAUCGUUAUAUCAACACGUUACCAUAUAACUACAACCGAGUGAUUAUAAGGUCUGAUGAUACCAAUAACUACAUUAACGCAUCUUUUAUUGAAGAUUCCAAUGGUAUUCGGCAAUAUAUAGCUUGCCAAGGUCCAUUGAAAAAUACUUGCGUUGAUAUGUGGCAAAUGGUUUUAGACCAAGACGUGGCUUCAAUUGUUAUGUUGUGUCAGAUUAGUGAAAAAGACAAGAUAAAAUGCGAUAAAUAUUUUCCAAACAGUAAUGAAAAAUUAGUUUUUGGCGAUAUUCAAGUGAAAAAUGAUAUUAUGAUUGUCGACAAAGAGCGUUAUUCGUUCACAAUCAGAAUAUUGACAGUUCUAAAAGGCCAUUUAAAAAAAACAAUAAGACAUUUUCAAUUUCAUGACUGGCCGGAUUUCGGAACACCGAGUGACCCAUCGUCAUUAUUGCGAUUUUGGCGUGUAGUACAAGCAAAAUCUCCAACUGGUCUGGUUGUUGUGCAUUGUAGUGCUGGAGUCGGCAGGACAGGAACCUACAUAGCUUGUGACAUGCUAUUGCGUCUAAUCCACCAGGAUAGAACAAAAUUAAAUGUUUUCAAAACUGUUUUAAGAUUGCGUGAACAACGGACUAAUAUGGUACAAACACAGGCUCAAUAUGAAUUCGUGUACCAGUUUUUAGCGUAUUGUUUAAAUCUACAGACAAAUUCGUUGAAUACAAUAGCAGAAGAAAAGAAGAAACAUGUCUCUCCUACUAAAGGUAUGGAUGUGGGUGGUACAAGACUUAUACAAGCAUGAAAGGAUAUAGUAUUCAAUAUUGUAAUAGGUAUUAUCUACUAUACAAAAACGCGAGUUCAAUAAUACUUUAUCGAGUUGAUCGGUUAUGUUUAUCUGCAAUAGAGUAAAAAUGUGAAAUGUGCGUUAUGCGCGAAAUUACAUGUACCGCCAAUAUAUUAUUAUGAUAUGUUAAGAAAAAUAUCACGUCCUCGAUAAAAUACAAUACUAUCACAUUUAACUCGUUGUUUAACUUUAUACAUACACUGUAAUUUUUUUUCCAAUAAUGUUUGACAAUAAAAACGAAUAAAUAAUCUAUGAAAA